UUGAGAGUGUCACCAUGGGAAUACUUAGGACAAGGAGGAGUAGCUUAAGGCAAGCAUGUCCCAGGAAAGAUUCUAACAAGGACAAAAACUCACCCAGCCUGGCACCCUCCAGAUGUUUUUGAAUGGCUGGGAGUUAGUUCAAUAUAUCUGGAGAGUGGCUACGUUAGACAAUCCUUGUAGAAACUGGGUGGGGCAGAGUGAGCAAGAGCAAGGUGGAAGUGGAGGUAACUGGGAAAUUGUAAAAUAAGAAUUAGGUCAGAAGAGGGCAGCUCAGCUGCUGCUUCUGACUCCCUAUUAAUGACUGAGAGUCUCCAUAUUAAGAUCUACCAUUGGGUUACUCCUGCAGGUCUUUGCACCAAAGGGGAGAGGCAAUCAACCCAGGGAGAGGUGUUCUAAACAGGAUUGCUUAACAACCUGGAUCCAUUCCAGCAUCACAUGCUCUACUAAACCAAACUCAAGGUCAUUUGCUUAUCCAGGAAUAUCAGCUUUAUCAGAUACUGGCUUUUGCUGUAUUAAAAGAGAAAGCUUGCCUGCAGUGUGGGUGUCUAAGCAUGUUAUAAUAUGAGAGUGUGGUUAGAAAAGUGGUGGGAAGAAAUGGAUUGUGAUAUCUAAUGUAGAUAUUAGGAAAAUUAGCAUGCAUGUGCCAGUAAGGGUAACAUAGAUGACCCAAGGAACUGAAAGCAAGCUUCAUGAGGAGAAGUUUAAAAGGGCUCUGCCUGUCAUCCCAUCAUCAAUAGCCAUUCAGUAUAAUGUGAUGCUGAUUUGCAAUGUAGAUGAAUCAGGAGAAAGCCCACCUCCCUAGCAUCUGCAAACUAUGCAUACACGGUCCAAGCAGAAACUAUCCCCAAUCUUAUGCAGCCUUUCUCAGAUUUCUUCCUGCAUGAAUAAGAUUGCUUUUGGUGGCUUCCAAGCUAGGGCUCUCAUACUGUUACUACUGUGUUGAUUUUUGGAUCUGCCUGUUAAAUAAAAUGCACAAUCCUCAUGUGUUAUAAUUUGGUUUAAUUUGGAAAGCUUGCUCAAGUUGUGUUUGCAUCUCUUUGUUUCUUUUACAUAGUAUAUUGUUCUUCUAACUAGCCCUAGGGAAGGGUGAGGACUCUGAAACCUGAUGACUUGAGAUUUUUUUUUUACUGAGCAUUACUCACCUUGAAAUAUUCUCUGACACUGUAAGAACAGUAACAAAGCAGAAGAUUCUGAGAGUGGUGGUUUCUAUACCUACCAUUGCGUUAUGCAGAAAUACAGCAUACUUGCACUUCUGAUUAGAUAGGGGCUCAAACAUCAUCUCCUCUUUCUCAUGUAUACUCUCUUGCUGCCAUUGAAUAUCCCCCCAACAGGCAGUGAAGUGCCUUUAGUUACCAGGGUUUGCUGGGUGGAAUGACUCUGGCAGCUUCAUGUCUCAGGAGCUCCAGUGAUGAUAAAUGGUGCCAUUCUCCAGUUAGUACCCUCUCCUGCUGAUUCUCAGGAAUAUGUUUGCUCAGUUACUGCCAUUUUGGGGGCAGAUAGAAGCUGCUCUUCACAACUGGAAAGAAUGCAAGAAGUGGGCAACUAGGGCUGCAGAAUGUGCAUCCUCUGAUCUCCCUUUGCCAAAGGUUCCUUUUGGAAAUUCUAGGGCACAGGACUCCUUUAUAUAUUGCAAGAGGAACCACAAGCAAGAGCUAUAGCAGGCUCUAAAUCUAAACGAACAGCUCAGAAUUUAAGAAUUUGGUUUCCUAUGAUGUGAAUGCCAAGAACUGCUCACUGGCCUCUGGAAGAAGAACCUGAAUCUGCCUGUUUGGGACUUUAAAAAUCUAGAAAGGUCCUUAAUGGAGUGGUCCUGGAAACAAAAUUCGUAGCCAUCAUGGGGCAGAGUGAAUCAGAACCACAGGAGGAGCAAGAGGUGUUGGGUGUUGUGAUAGGAGUUGGGCUGUCAGUGCUGCUUGUUGCUGCUUUGAUCCUGGUGAUGAUUCGCCAGUUUCGUCUUCAGAAUGUUCAGGCUCAGGAGCAGCCCAAGUAUCGAUUUCGCAAGCGGGACAAAGUAUUGUUCUAUGGACGAAAGAUUAUGCGCAAGGUUUCUCAAUCUACAUCAUCCCUUGUAGAUACCACCAUCUCUGCUUCUCGGCCACGCAUGAAGAAGAAGCUCAAGAUGCUAAAUAUUGCCAAAAAGAUCCUGCGCAUCAAGAAGGAGCUUCCCACUCUUCAGCUGAAGGAGCCACCUCCCUCUGUCCUGGAGGCUGAUCUCACAGAGUUUGAUGUAGCCAAUUCCCACCUCCCUUCAGAGGUGUUAUACAUGCUGAAGAAUGUGCGGGUUCUGGGCCACUUUGAGAAGCCCUUGUUCCUGGAGCUGUGCAAGCACAUGACCUUCCAACAGUGUCAGCAGGGUGAAUAUGUGUUUCGUCCUGGCCAGCCUGAUACCAGCAUCUAUGUGGUCCAAGAUGGAAAGCUAGAGCUCUUCUUGUCUGAACAGGAUGGGAAAGAGACCCUUGUGAAGGAAGUAUUUCCUGGUGACAGCGUCCAUAGUCUUCUCAGCAUCCUGGACGUCAUCACGGGUCACCAACGGCCAUACCGCACAGUAUCUGCACGGGUGGCUGAAGACUCCACAGUGCUGCGUCUCCCAGUGGAGGCCUUCUCAGCUGUCUUUGAGAAGUACCCUGAGAGCCUUGUCCGGGUGGUGCAGAUCAUAAUGGUGCGCCUGCAGAGAGUCACUUUCUUGGCCCUGCACAACUACCUUGGCCUGACAAAUGAACUUUUCAGCCAUGAGAUGCAACCCCUGAGGCUUUUCCCCCAGUCAAGCCACCCCUCCCGUACCAGUCCCAUCCGCCACAGCAAGCGUGUCAUCAGUGCCUCUUCUAUUGAGGAUGCUAGAGAUGGUGCUGUCAGGCAGCCAGACAUUUCCUCGAGAGACCAGGGUGACUCACUGAAGCCUGGUCUGUUGGAGACCCCUGCUGCCCCACAGUUGAGCCGUUGCAUCUCUAUGCCAGUUGAUAUCUCAGGGAUCCAGAAGGGCCCCCGCUCAGAUUUUGACAUGGCCUAUGAACGUGGCCGCAUCUCAGUGUCCCUUCAGGAAGACAGCUCUGUGUCAUUGGCUGGCUUUGCCCGGUCCAUCUCCCAUGAACCCCGGGAACGGAAGUCGGUUACAGUGGAGGAGCAGCCGUCUGGGAUCUACCGCUACAACUACUGUGAGGAUGACUCGGCAACUGGCAACUGCCCCUUUGGCCCAUACCAAGGGCGACAGACUAGUGCCAUCUUUGAGGCUGCCAAGCGGGAGCUAGUCAAGCUUAUGAAGAUUGAGGAUUCCUCCUUAUUGAACAACCGAGUAUUGCUACACCAUGCCAAGGCUGGGACAGUGAUUGCCCGUCAAGGAGAUCAGGAUGUCAGCCUGCACUUUGUGCUGUGGGGCUGCCUUCAUGUUUACCAAAGGAUGAUCGACAAGGCCGAAGAUGUCUGCCUCUUCUUGACACACCCUGGCGAGAUGGUGGGCCAGCUGGCUGUGCUCACCGGGGAACCACUCAUCUUCACCAUCAAGGCCAACCGCGACUGCACGUUCCUCAAGAUCUCCAAGUCGGACUUCUAUGAAAUUAUGCGAGAACAACCGAGUGUGGUGCUGAGUGUUGCUCAUACUGUGGCAGCGCGGAUGUCACCCUUUGUGCGUCAGAUGGACUUCGCUAUCGACUGGAUGGCUGUGGAGGCUGGGCGGGCCCUUUACAGGCAGGGUGACAAGUCAGACUGCACCUACAUUGUGCUGAAUGGGCGGCUGCGCUCUGUGAUCCAGAAGGGCAAUGGCAAGAAGGAGCUGGUUGGGGAAUAUGGGCGUGGGGACCUCAUUGGAGUGGUAGAAGCCCUGACCCACCAAGUUAGGGCCACCACUGUCCAUGCGGUGAGGGACACGGAGUUGGCCAAGCUCCCAGAAGGCACCCUCAGCAACAUUAAGCGACGUUAUCCUCAGGUUGUUACCCGUCUUAUUCAUCUGCUAAGUCAGAAGAUCCUGGGAAACUUGCAGCAGUUACGUGGCCCUUUCCCAGGUUCUGGUCUUGCCAUGGCCCCCAGCUCAGAGCUGACCAACCCAGCCAGUAACCUCUCAACAGUAGCGGUCCUUCCUGUGUGUGAUGAUGUGCCCAUGGCAGCCUUCACCUUGGAACUCAAGCAUGCACUGAAUGCAAUUGGCCCAACUCUGUUACUCACUAGUGACAUCAUCCGAGCUCGUCUUGGAGCCUCAGCGCUGGACAGCAUCCAUGAAUAUCGACUGUCUGGCUGGCUGGCCCAGCAGGAGGACAUCCACCGCAUCGUGCUGUACCAGACUGAUUACACCUUGACUCCCUGGACAGUGCGCUGCAUCCGCCAAGCUGACUGCAUUCUCAUCGUGGGCCUGGGUGACCAGGAGCCCACACUGGGCGAGUUAGAGCAGAUGCUGGAGAACACUGCAGUGCGAGCUCUGAAGCAGCUCAUCCUUCUGCACCGUGAGGAUGGUCCCAGUCCUGCCCGCACUGUAGAGUGGCUGAACAUGCGCAGCUGGUGCUCUGGACACCUACACAUCAAAUGUCGGCGGCGGGUCUUUUCCCGGCGAAGUCCCAACAAGCUGAGAGAAAUGUAUGAGAAGGUCUUUGAGAAGACUGCAGAUCGUCAUAGUGACUUCUCCCGUUUGGCAAGAGUUCUUACAGGCAACACAAUUGCUUUGGUUCUGGGCGGUGGUGGGGCCAGGGGCUGCUCUCACAUCGGGGUGAUCAAGGCCAUGGAGGAAGCUGGUCUCCCUAUCGACCUGAUUGGAGGUACCUCAAUUGGCUCCUUCAUUGGUGCCCUCUAUGCUGAGGAGAGGAGUGCAGUGCGCACCAAGCAGCGAGCCAGGGAGUGGGCCAAAAACAUGAAUUCAGUGUUUGCAACAGUGCUGGACCUCACUUACCCCAUUACCUCCAUGUUCUCUGGUUCUGCCUUCAACACUAGCAUUCACAAGGUGUUCCAGGAUAAGCAGAUUGAGGAUUUGUGGCUUCCUUACUUUAAUGUGACAACAGACAUCACAGCCUCUGCAAUGCGAGUCCACAAGGAUGGCAGCGUGUGGCGCUACAUCCGGGCCAGUGCAUCUUAUACCCCCUAUUUGCCUCCUAUCUGCGACCCCAAGGACAGUCACUUGCUUGUGGAUGGCUGCUAUGUUAACAAUGUCCCAGGCUCGCUGUGGCGGUACGUGCGAGCUAGCAUGACCCUUUCCGGGUAUCUACCGCCACUCUGCGACCCCAAGGAUGGCAAUUUACUGAUGGACGGCGGCUACAUCAACAACCUUCCAGCUGAUAUUGCUCGCAACAUGGGUGCCAAGACAGUAAUUGCCAUUGAUGUGGGCAGCCAGGAUGAGACCGACCUUUGCAACUAUGGGGACAGCCUGUCGGGCUGGUGGUUGCUCUGGAAACGCCUCAAUCCUUGGACCGAGAAGGUCAAGGUGCCUGACAUGGCAGAGAUCCAGUCCCGCCUAGCUUAUGUCUCAUGUGUGCGGCAGCUGGAGGUGGUGAAGAGCAGCUCGUACUGUGAGUACAUUCGCCCUCCCAUCGAUCGCUUCAAAACCAUGGACUUUGGCAAGUUCGACGAAAUCUACGACGUGGGUUACCAGCAUGGAAAGGUGGUGUUUGAUGGUUGGAGCCGCGGCGACAUCAUGGAAAAAAUGGUCAAGGACUGGCACUCGGCAGACUUCUAUGAGAGCAAACGCAUGGACGUGAUGAUGUGUCCCAGUGCAGGAUUUACAGACCUGGCAGAGAUUGUGUCUCGCAUUGAGCCAGCUAAGAGCUACCUGUCGGAUAGCUAUGCAGAUGGAGAGGAAUCAGACUACCUGACUGAGUAUGAGGAGGAAGGCAUGGAUGCUGUGCGGGAGGAAGAAGGGGAGGAGAUGCUCUUUGCCCCAGCAGAGCAGAAUGGCACCUUUGAAACAGAUGAAGAAAAGAACCUACGAUAUCGCCAAGGGACUCUUCAGAAGCCCCCUGCCUCUCUAGCCACUCCCACACCCUGAGGGGGCAGAGUUACUGAACUUCUCUGACCAAAUCUUACCCCUACCUUAUGAGGGACUAGGCAGACUGGUGGGAGGUGGGAGGGGGCAGAGUCCUCCCCACAAAAUUGCAUACUGUUUCGCCUUUUACUGUCCUGUUGGCACUGAGGUGUGCCUCCAGGGCUUUGGAACACCCUUUUAUCUCCUCUAGCAAUGGCAGAAGCUAACUCACUGGAACGGUUCUUCCCUGCAUUAAGCAGGGACUGUGGCAAAAUGAACAAGGUCCAGCAGUGCCUGACCAGGACUAUAACUUGGCACUGCCAAGAGGUGGGGAUGGGGAAGCCACUUUACAAAUCCCCCUUCUCUCAGGUCUGGAAUGGUAACUACUGGCUUGUUUGCUAACAGGAACUUAGCAACAGAAGAUUUUCAGUCCUUAUGAGCCACCCAUCUGCUCCAUCUUGCUGCUGCUCAAAAGAUCCCAUCAGUGUGGGGAAAGCACUUUAUUUACUCUGCAUUCUCUGUUAGGAAAAGUAGAUGGGGAGAAGAGGCAGAUUGCUGUUGAGCUGGCAGAGUUUCAGGGCCCCCAGCUGCCUCCCUGCUCUUCAAGCUUUCCACUCCAGGCAUGAGCAGUUCUGCAAGCAGCACCACUGGUGGAGUGCAGAAGCCAAUGUUGUUCCUGUGUUGACUAACUUAUUCCUGCUUGGAGCUGCACCCCAUCAUCUCUUGGUUUUUAUGUUCCAAACCAGCCAGAGGUUCAGGCUGUGGACUGCAUUGACUGUUCUCUGUUUUUAUUUAUAAAGAGACAAAACAACUGAAAAGUAUUUCUGUGUAUGCUGGUAACAAGAUGAUGGACUGUUCUUGUCACCCUGGCACUGAUGAGAUAGGGUGUCCUGUGAGUGGGGGCCAUUCAAACAGAUUAGUGUGUUCUUCCUCUUUCAGAUCCUUCAGCUGCAGAGGAUUCCAGUCCUUCAAUGCAGCCUGUUUUCUGGCCCUCCUCUGCAUCCUCUCUAGCUUAUGAGGCAGAAAGCAAACAUUGUUUCUGUUUUAUGGGAAGUGAUAGUUCCACUGUGCUGGUCAGACUCACUUCAAACACUGUGUCCAGUUCUGAGCACCACAGUUUAAGAAGGGUUCCGAUAAAUUGGAGCAAGUUCAAAGAAGGGCAACAAAGAUGACCAGAGAAUAGCAACUAAGUCCUACAAGGAACAAUUGAAAGACUGGGUAUGUUUAGCCUUGAAAAGACUGAGAAGGCAUACAAUAGCACUUCUCAAGUGCCUAAAAGAUUGUCACAUAAACCAUAACAAAACUAUGAUGAGAACCAGUGUAGCUUAAUAUUUAGAGUAUUGACCUGGGACUCAUCACUCAUCCAUGAAGCUCACUAGGUUACUUUGGGCCAGUUGCUGAUUCUCAACCUAACGUUGUUGUGAAGAUAAAAUGGAGAAGAGGAUUGUGUAUGCCGCCUUUAGUUCCUUGAAAGAAAAAGAGUGGGAUAUAAUAAAGAAUAAAAGAGCAAAAUGUGCAAUUGAAACCA